AAUCCUCCCUAGAUGGCAAACAAACGCCCCCUAAUUGUCGAACUCGCACUCGCAGCAACCCAGCAACCCAGCCUCAACAUAUCAAUAUCUCGUCAUCUCGUCAUCUCGUCAUCCCGUCAUCGUCAUCCAUCCCUCUCCCUCGCUCGCACUUUCUUUCUCUCUCUAUUUUUAAGCGUUUUAGGAAAGAGAGAGACAUCAAUUUUCAGUUUCAGUGGAUGAGAUGAGAAACUGAGGAUUGGAUUGGAUUGGAGUUGGAGUUGUAUGAGGGCAAUUUUCGACGACUAACUCAAGAAAGAAAUUAGAUAAAUGAGCCAUGUCGAUACCAAAGGAGCCGGAGCAGGUGAUGAAACUAAGAGGAGGAUCAGUGCUGGGCAAGAAGACCAUUCUCAAGAGCGACCACUUCCCUGGCUGCCAGAACAAACGCUUGUCUCCCCACAUCGAUGGUGCUCCCAAUUACCGCCAGGCUGAUUCGCAACAUGUUCAUGGUGUUGAUCCAACAAUCGGUGGAAUCCAGAAUGUUCUUAACCAUAUUGGAGCUCAACAAAUUGAUGGGAAGCGAGCACAAGUUCUUUGGAUUAACCUUCGCGAGGAGCCGGUGGUCUAUAAUGGGCGCCCUUUUGUUUUGCAUGAUGUGGAGAGGCUCUUUUCCAACCUUGAAUAUACGGGAAUUAACAGGGCUAGGGUUGAACAAAUGGAAGCCUGGUUAAAGGAAGAUAUUUUAAUUGAAUCUGCAAGAUAUGGAAAUAAGAUCCUUCUCACUGAUGAACUGCCAGAUGGUCAGAUGGUGGAUCAAUGGGAACCAGUGUCACGUCAUUCUGUGAAGACACCACUAGAGGUUUACGAGGAAUUGCAAGAACCAGGAUACCUUGUUGACUAUGAACGUGUUCCUAUAACUGAUGAAAAGUCACCUAAGGAGCUGGAUUUUGAUAUUUAGGUACAUAAAAUUUCUCAAGCUGACAUGAAUGCAGAAAUAAUUUUUAACUGUCAAAUGGGACGUGGGCGAACCACAACAGGAAUGGUGAUUGCAAAUUUGAUAUACCUCAACCGUAUUGGAGCUUCCAAACUGUCAUCAUUGGUACAACUGGCGUUGUUUUGUUCCUUUUUGAGGCAUGUAAAUUCUGAGGCUAUUCAGACCCCGGUAGAGGUUUUUAAAGGUUUGGAGGAAGAUGGUUUUCCCAUCAAGUAUGUGUGUGUACCCAUCACUGAUGGUAAAGCUCCCAAAAGUUCUGAUUUUGACACAUUGGCUAUUAAUACUGCUUCUGCUUCCAAGGACACUACUUUUGUUUUCAAUUGCCAGAUGGGUAGAGGAAGGACAACUACAGGUACGGUAAUUGCUUGCCUUUUGAAACUCCAAAUUGACUACGGGAGACCUAUCAAAAUCCUGGUUGACAAUAUUACCCUUGAAGAAGUGGAUGGUGGUACCUCAAGUGGCGAAGAAACUGGAGGUAGUAGUUCUGCAUCAACCUCCAGUGUUACAAAUUUUAGAAAUGAAAAGGAGCAAAGCCGUGUAUUCGGCAUGAAUGACAUCCUCUUGUUGUGGAAAAUAACAAGAUUAUUUGAUAAUGGGGUGGAAUGCCGGGAAGCCUUAGAUGCUAUAAUUGACAGAUGUUCUGCUCUACAGAACAUACGUCAAGCUGUUCUGCAGUACAGAAAGGUAUUCAGUCAACAUGUUGAGCCAAGGGUAAGGAGGGUGGCAUUAAAUCGUGGUGCUGAGUACUUGGAGCGCUACUUCCGUUUAAUUGCUUUUGCAGCAUACUUGGGAAGUGAAGCAUUUGAUGAAUUUUGUGGGCAAGGAGAAUCUAGGAUGACGUUUAAGAAUUGGUUGCAUCAGCGACCACAGGUUCAGAAAUGGAACAUAAGAAUAAGACCUGGACGCUUUUUAACUGUCCCUGAGGAGUUGAGAGCACCACUUGAGUCCCAGCAUGGGGAUGCUGUCUUGGAGGCCAUUGUCAAGGCCCGUAGUGGUUCGGUUUUGGGGAAAGGUUCUAUACUUAAAAUGUAUUUCUUUCCAGGUCAAAGGACGUCUAGUCACAUACAAAUACAUGGUGCACCACAUGUUUUUAAGGUGGAUGGAUAUCCUGUGUAUAGCAUGGCUACACCGACAAUUCUUGGUGCCAAAGAGAUGUUAGCAUAUUUAGGUGCCAAACCCAAAGCAGAAGCUCAAAAAGUGAUUUUAACUGAUCUGAGAGAAGAAGCAGUUGUCUACAUUAAUGGCACACCAUUUGUUCUACGGGAUUUAAACAAACCUGUUGAUACACUCAAGCAUGUGGGAAUCGCAGGCCCAGUGGUGGAACACAUGGAAGCACGACUAAAAGAAGAUAUACUAUCUGAGGUCAGGCGGUCUGGUGGCCAUAUGCUUUUACACCGUGAAGAAUAUAGCCCGGCUUUGAACCAGUCCAGUGAAUACUUAGAAAGCAUCUUUGCAGAUGAUGUGAAGACACCAGCUGAAGUAUAUGCCGCUAUGAAAGAUGAGGGUUAUAAUUUUGCAUACAGGAGAAUACCAUUAACUAGAGAAAGAGAGGCUUUAUCUUCUGAUGUGGAUGCAAUUCAAUACUGCAUAGAUGAUUCUGCAGGGUGUUACCUUUUCGUAUCACACACAGGGUUUGGAGCAGUUGCAUAUGCAAUGGCUAUUAUUUGUAUCAGAACUGGUGCAGAAACAAACUCCCUACCAAAGGAUCCACAACCAUUGGUUAGAAUGAACCUGUUGUGUACACCUAAAGAGGAUUUGCCUUCUCGAGCUUCUGAUGAAGAAGCUCUGGGGAUGGGUGACUACCGAGACAUACUAAGCCUAACAAGAGUUCUUGUAUAUGGUCCUAAGAGCAAAGCAGACAUUGACAUUGUUAUUGAAAGGUGUGCAGGUGCGUGGCAUCUGCGAGAUGAGAUUCUUUAUUAUAGUAGGGAACUCAAGAAGUUCCCUGAUGCUGAGGAUGAGCAACGAGCAUAUCUCAUGGACAUGGGGAUCAAAGCGUUAAGGCGGUACUUUUUCCAUAUAACAUUUAGUCCUACCUCUACCGCACUUCUGCGGCUGAUAUAAAAUUCACAUCAUGGAUGUACGCGAGGCCUGAACUAGGACAGGCGGUACUUUUUCCAUAUAACAUUUAGUCCUACCUCUACCGCACUUCUGCGGCUGAUAUAAAAUUCACAUCAUGGAUGUACGCGAGGCCUGAACUAGGACAUCUAUGUAAUAACCUUAGGGUCGAUAAAUGAUAUCAUUAGUGUAAAAUAAAGUUAUGUACAGUUGGCAGUACGAUAAAACGAUCUGGCAUUCAGUUUCCGCCUUAAGCUCUGAAUGCUGGACAAAUUAAGAGGUUAUUACAGUUAUGUACAUGUAGGGACUAGGGAUAACGAAAAUCCCUGACCCAAGGGAGAAAGGAGUGGUUAGAACUCGGGAAUGGGUUCUAUGCCAGUUUUUGUAGUAUAUAUAAAGAUGAAGCUCUACACUUUUCGGGAUUUGAUUUUUGCAACAGGAUGCUUAUAUUGAGGCUAAUGUAAGUAUCAUGUAUAUAUGUGAAAUUAUUAUCUCAUGAAAUUUGAAUGCCUAA